CCGCUGAUUGGCUCCCUCGGAGGCCAUUCACGUCCCAGUACUCAGAGGCGAUACGGAGGGGCGCCGGUGACCACUUUGGGAUCAACCGCCUGGUGUAAAACUCUCACCGCCCCCACUCCUGAGGGAUUUGCCCGCCACUGUCGCUGAAUGAUUAUAUCAUCGAAAGCAGAAAAACAUCUUUGCGUCCCUCUUCGUCUUCUGACGUGCCUGCCAUGACGUCAUAGUCCUGCGAAGGUGGAAAUUGAGGUUGGGGCGCUUUGAGGACCUCAUGGAACCCCGAGGGACCAAGAGAGGAGCUGGGAAGAUGGAGGUAGCUGAACCUCGGAACAAACUCCUCCACCCAUCACCCUCCCUGCCUACAGACCCUGCCCUCUACUCUGGGCCUUUUCCUUUCUAUCGGCGCCCUUCAGAACUGGGCUGCUUCUCCCUGGAUGCGCAACGCCAGUACCAUGGAGAUGCCCGAGCCCUGCGCUAUUAUAGCCCACCCCCCACCAACGGUCCAGUCCCCAACUUUGACCUCAGAGAUGGAUACCCUGACCGAUACCAGCCCUGGGAUGAGGAAGUCCGAGAAGGGCUGGACCACCUACUACGCUGGCUCCUGGAACACCGAGGCCAGCUGGAGGGGGGUCCAGGCUGGCUGGCAGGGGCCAUAGUGACAUGGCGGGGGCACCUGACAAAAUUGCUGACGACACCAUAUGAACAGCAGGAGGGCUGGCAGCUGGCAGCCUCCCGGUUCCAGGGAACACUGUACCUGAGUGAGGUGGAGACGCCAGCCGCUCGGGCACAAAGGCUUGCUCGGCCACCCAUCCUCCGGGAGCUUAUGUACAUGGGGCACAAGUUUGAGCACUACAUGUGUGCAGACAAACCUGGAGGCUCCCCAGACCCCUCUGGGGAGGUUAACACCAACGUGGCCUUCUGCUCUGUGCUACGCAGCCGCCUAGGAAGCUACCCUCUGCUCUUCUCAGGGGAGGUAGACUGCACAGACCCCCAGGUCCCAUCCACACAGUCCCCCGCCUGCUAUGUGGAGCUCAAGACCUCCAAGGAGAUGCACAGCCCUGGCCAAUGGAGGAACUUCUACAGGUUCAGGAUAGGGGUGGGCCUAGACUUGACAGCUAGGAAAGGGAUUUGUGGAGAGGGUAAGGGCAAAAUGGAGAGCGGAGGAGGGGUCCCACUGAUCCGAUCCCCUGCUUUUCCUGACAGACACAAGCUCCUGAAGUGGUGGGCUCAGUCCUUCCUCCCAGGAGUCCCAAAUGUUGUUGCUGGCUUCCGUAACCCAGAGGGUUUUGUCUGUUCCCUCAAGACCUUUCCUACCAUGGAGAUGUUUGAAUACGUCAGGAAUGACCGUGAUGGCUGGAAUCCUUCUGUGUGCAUGAACUUCUGUGCCGCCUUCCUUAGCUUUGCCCAGAGCACAGUUGUCGAGGAUGACCCCAGGCUUGUCUACCUCUUCUCCUGGGAGCCUGGCGGCCCAGUCACCAUGUCUGUACAUCGAGAUGCGCCCUAUGCCUUCCUGCCCACAUGGUAUGUGGAAGCCAUGACCCAAGAUCUCCUGUCACCCCCCAAAACUCCCUCCCCCAAGUAGUGACACUUCAGAGGGGCUGGUCCUAUCUCUGUGCACAGAUAAUAAAAGCAUAUUUCUAAAUG